AUGGGGACCUUCAACCCGUGGACAGAUUACCUGGGUCUGGCAAGCCUGGUAGGGGCGCUGCAUGGGGAAGAGGAGCCUGAGACCAGGCUAGACCCCGAGCCAGAACCAGAGCCAGGUCCAGGGGAUCAGAGGCCCAGCCCGAAAUCCUCACUGGGCCCUGAACUCCUGUGCUCCUUCUGCAAACACAACGGUGAGUCCCGGGCCAUCUACCAGUCCCACGUGCUCAAGGACGAGGCGGGCCGGGUGCUGUGCCCCAUCCUUCGAGACUACGUGUGCCCGCAGUGUGGUGCCACGCGGGAGCGCGCCCACACCCGCCGUUUCUGCCCGCUCACUGGCCACGGCUACACCUCUGUGUACAGCUACACCACCCGCAACUCAGCUGGCAAGAGGCUCAUUCGGCCGGACAAAGCAAGGACGCAGGACCCAGGGCACCGAGGAGGAGGAGCAGGAGGAGGAGGAGGAGGAGGAAGAACAGGAACGGCCUGGGCUUGCUAUUCCAGGAGCAGCCCCCAGGUGGCGCCCGAGCCCCAGCAACGUUAA